AUACUCUUUACUUGGUUUGUACGUGUAAUAUGUAUCAGAAGAUAAAAACCAUAUAGGCAUAUACUCUUUGAUAUAAACAAAUGUCAUGUCAUGUCAGUAAAAUAUAGGGUUAAAUUUUGCAUAAUUAUGUUUACAUAUAAGAUUAAUAUAAAAUGUUAAAAUAUGUGUUAGUGGUUUUUUGUUCUUUAAGUGUUUUGAAUGCCAAGUUUCAGAAGUAUAGUCAAUUACAAUCAAAUUUAAUAUUACACUACAACGGAGAAAGUAGUACAACAGAUUAUCCUGAAAAAUGUUUUGCAAUAUUAAAUGAUUUUGCCAAUCAUGUGUCGAAUUUUACCUUUUGUUCCAUAUCUAAUGCGAAACCAAUAACCCUUUGUGAGAAAUGUGUUGAGAAAUAUGUUAAAUUCCGUGAUAAAUACCAAGAAUUACUUAAUACUGCGGUAAAUGGCACUUCCUGUCGAUCUAUUUUUAUUUCUCAAGACAGAUUAAAUGCAGUUCAAGAAUUUCAUGACAAUGUUCUCUCUAUAUGGAAUAAAGGAAAAUGCAAUGGCUGCUUUGAUUGGAAUCAUGGAAACCCAUCCCUAAAAAAUGAAACAAUACACUUUCACAAGUUAUCUAAUGACACAAUGAAAUGUAUUGUUACAAAUAUGGAUCCAAACAAUAAUGAAGUUUGCAACAGAUGUAUGCAGUCAUACCUUCAAUUGGAUGAGUUUUAUAAAUCUUUAAGCUCAGACUCAAUAGGUGUUGAUAGUGUUUGCAUGGACAUUGUAGAUUCUAUGAAUGCAACAAGGUAUAUUUGGAGCAAAACCCUCAACUGUUGCAAUUUGAGAAAAACACCAGAGGUAGUAUUUUUAUGUAGUGCAGCAAUUAUAUCACUUUUGCCAUUACUAUAUUAUUUAGCAGUUCGCUUUUGUGGACCAAUCAGAGAUUUACCCAAUGUACUAAAGCAAUCCAGAUUCAAACAAAGUAUAUUAAGGUCUAUAAACAGGAGAAACUAAUAGAUUUUGUGAAUGCUUAAGUUUAUAUAAAUAAAGGACAUAAGUAAAAUAUUGAUUUAUUA